AUGGAUCAGUAGAACAAAGAAAGUGUUUUUUUAAAGACAAAAUACUAUAUGGAUUAUUUAUGCUAUUCAAAUAUCUUUUUUUAUGGAAUAAAUGAUUUAUGGGAUAGAACUAAAAAAGAAAAAGCAAAGCAAGAAUUUGGUGAAGGAGUCAAAAAGGAAAAACUAUGGCUAAUAGUGAGGAAGAUUUAAGAUUUCCAUAAAUAAAUAGACUCAAAAUAGGUUAGCUUGCUUUAAAUAAAUAAUUAAAAGUGA